ACUCACCUGCUCCGGUCCUUUCCUAUCUCUCCUCUCUCUGUUGGCCUGUAGCCCUCCCUAAGAAACAACCAUGAGCGUAAAGAUCUCUUCAUCCAGCUACACCAUCGGUGGCAGCAGCGGUGGCAGCAUCGGUGGCGGCUUCAGCAGCGGUGGCGGCUUCAGCAGCGGCGGCAGCAUGAGGAAGAGCUUCUCCAGCCAGUCCGCCAUGGCAGGCGGUGGCGGUGCCCGCAUGAGCUCUGUGUCCAUGAGGCGCUCCAUCGGCGGCGGUGGCAUGGCCUUGGGAGGUGGUGGUGGUGGCUUCGGCAACAGCAUGGGCGGAGGAGGUGCUGGCUUCGGCAGCGGCUUCGGUGCUGGUGGAGGUGGCAUGGCUCUCGGCGGAGGUGGUGGUGGCUUUGGACUGGGCAUGGGUGGUGGAGGUGGUGCUUUCAUAGCACCAGCCAUCACAGCUGUCACCGUCAACCAGAGUCUGCUCGCCCCCCUGAACCUGGCGAUCGACCCCAACAUCCAGACCGUCCGCACUCAGGAGAAGAACCAGAUCAUGACCCUCAACAACCGCUUUGCCUCCUUCAUCGACAAGGUGCGCUUCCUGGAACAGCAGAACAAGAUGCUGGAGACCAAGUGGAGCCUCCUCCAGGACCAGACCACCGUGCGCUCCAACAUCGACUCCAUGUUUGAGGCCUACAUUGGCAACCUGCGCAGACAGCUCGACGGCCUGGGAAAUGAGAAGGUCAAACUGGAGGGAGAGCUGAGAAACAUGCAGGGUCUGGUUGAGGACUUCAAAAUGAAGUAUGAGGAUGAAAUCAACAAGCGUGCCUCAGCUGAGAAUGAGUUUGUUCUGCUCAAGAAGGAUGUUGAUACUGCCUACAUGAACAAGGUGGAACUGGAGGCCAAGGUUGAUGCCAUUCAGGAUGAAAUCAACUUCCUCAGAGCCAUCUAUGAAGAAGAGCUGCGUGAGCUGCAGGGCCAGAUCAAGGACACCUCUGCUAUUGUGGAGAUGGACAACAGCCGAACUCUGGACAUGGACUCCAUUGUGGCCGAAGUGCGUGCUCAGUACGAGGACAUCGCCAACCGCAGCCGUGCAGAGGCCGAGACAUGGUACAAGGCCAAGUUUGAGGAGAUGCAGUCCUCUGCUGGCCAAUACGGUGAUGACCUGCGCACAACCAAGGCAGAGAUCUCUGAGCUCACCCGCAUGAUCAGCCGCCUCCAGAAUGAAAUUGAAUCAGUCCGAGUACAGCGCGCCAGCAUUGAGGCCCAGAUUGCAGAGGCUGAGGAACGUGGAGAGAUGGCAGUGAAGGAUGCCAAGCUGCGCAUCAGGGACCUUGAGGACGCCCUCCAGAGAGCCAAGCAGGACAUGGCCCGCCAGGUGCGCGAGUACCAGGAGCUGAUGAACGUCAAACUGGCCCUCGACAUUGAGAUCGCCACCUACAGGAAACUGCUGGAAGGAGAGGAGUCCAGAAUUGGUGGUGCCUCUGCAACAGUUCACGUCCAGACAUCCUCAGGUGCUGCUGGUGGAGGCGGUGGCAUGUCCCUUGGCGGAGGCGGAGGCGGAGGCGGAGGCGGAGGCGGUGGAUACGGCUAUGGUGGCAGCUCUGGCAUGAGCCAGGUUUCCUACGGCGGCGGCGGUGGUGGCGGCAUGGGCAUGUCCUACGGCGGCGGCGGCGGCAUGAGCAUGGGAAUGAGCGGGGGCGGCGGCUCAAGCAUUGGCGGUGGCGGCAGCAGCAUUUCCAUGUCUCGCUCCUCUUCGGUGUCCAGUGGCAUGCGUCGCUAUUAAAUGAGGAACAACUCCUCUCCUCCCUCUAACCUUUACCCCCUAUGCUUUUCCCAAUUCCACUCCAGGAAGUUUGAAAGCUGUAAAACAGUGUAAUGUACUCAGAAAGUGAGUGGGAUAAAAUCUCCACCCAGCAAUGCAAUGCAUGUGAUACAACCGCUGAGCUGCUCAAGAUGAAAUACAAUUGCAACACUGCAUAUGUGACUGGUGACUUCACCACAUGCCAAAGAGUAACUAAACCCAAAUGUAAAUGUUCAGUGCAAAUAAAGUGUUUGAUGCCAAA